CGGUGUCCAAACUGGACUGUGUUUGAUAACAUCGAAUAUGGCGCUAUCCCCCAAAAGAAAAGCUUCCAGCGGGAAUUCCUCCUGGAUCGAAUCUAUCCGUUGUCAGUUAAGGUUGUGUCGAACGAUAAGACGGAUUGCCAUUGAUCAAAGGUGGACAACUAAGCUAUGGGUAGAAUUAGAAAACUCCCCCGCUGGUUGCAAAUUUCGUACCAGGAUAAACGUAUCGUAUCCUACAUGGUGGCAGGAUUAGUUAUUGCUUAUGGAACAAUUUUGUAUGGGCUGAUGGGAGCACAGAGCUUCGGAAAGUUGCUGUUGGACGAUGGAAAUUGUCCUUCUAUUUCGUAUGUUUACAGUUUGGAGCUACCAUUGCUGAGUAUACUACUGGUGCUGUAUUAUUCUGUGACAUUCGCUUUCAUUUGGGGUGUUUGGAGAGAGAAUGCACGCUACAUCCUGCCGUUUUUCUGCCUCCUGGUGGCCACCAUCGGAUUCAUCGGCCAUGCCCACGUGGAGCGGAUGCUGUUCGAAGUCAACGAAGAUGAACGGCGGUUCGUAAUUGUGGCUUUUAUUUUUAAUACAGGGGUGCUGAUAUUUGCCAGCGCCAUCACCCUGUUGCUGUACCGGGAAAUGCACAGAAGGCACCGGAAGCUCAGCAAAGAUAGUAUGUUGCUGCCAUCGGACAAAAUGGAAUACUUGGAGCUGAACUUCGCCAACAGCAGCAGCAGUCGGAUGGAUCCGGGCGAUAAACGAUGACAAACAAUGAGAGAGUCAUGCAAUGGCAGAAGCAACAGUGAUUGGUGACCGGAAAUAUACAUUUUAACUGACAAUACAGCUAAUUGCUUUGUUGUUUGUUUUUGUUUACGGGUAAAAACUGUGUUUGUUUUGAAGGUAGGGAUAUUUUAAGUACAAAAAUUAA